AUGCCGUCAUUAGGUGUAUAUGACUGGAAGCGAAAGUCAAUCUUUGUAAAUAUUACAAUCAGCUAUCAUGAUAUUUCCCUGAUGGGGAAGACCUCUACAGCAGCCACAGUGGCAACAACUCAUCUCCCGAGGCGGAGAGAAGACCCGCGUUAUCAGCAUGAUUGUGAUACCAAUCCAGGCACCUGCAUUCUGGCCAUGAGUGAGAAUGACUCAUGCUCCAUGGCCCCACGAGUAAUUACUUGGCGGGUGCGGUUUAGUUGUCUUCCUGCUGUGAUCAUUCUGUAUCAUCUCGACUCACAGAGACUCAUGAUAGACCAUGCUGCACUCAUGCUGGACUCAUGUUGGUGGAUUCUGACGAUGAUAUGA